AGAACAAGUCCAAAAAAAAGCACAAGUCAUAGAGAAGGACUUGAUAGAUUAUAAAUGCUUCUUCAUCCAUCUUGUGCUUAGAGUCAAGAGUCAAAAACCACCAUUGAAUUAGUUUAUCUUGAAAGUUAAUCCAUUGAGUUGUGAAUUUUGCUUAAGUUUGUCCAUGGAGAACUUGUUGGGUCUGCUCAGAGUUCAUGUGGAAAGAGGGAUCAGUCUUGCUGUGAGGGAUGUUGUGAGCAGCGACCCUUAUGUUGUCAUCAAGUUGGGUCACCAGAAGCUGAAGACUCGGGUAGUGAAGAAGAAUCUAAAUCCUGAGUGGAAUGAUGAUUUGACUUUAUCCAUUGUAGAUCAUCGUGACACAAUCAAACUAUUUGUGUAUGACAAGGACCUAUUCAGCUUGGAUGACAAAAUGGGGGAUGCUGAGUUUGAGAUUGGUCCAUUUAUCGAAGUGGUGAAGAUGCGGUUGCAAGGUCUCCCUGAUGGCACCAUAGUUACCAGAGUGCAACCUAGCAGACAAAAUUGCUUAGCUGAGGAGAGUCACAUUGUGUGGAAGGAUGGGAAAGUUGUCCAAAACAUGGUUCUGAGACUUAGAAAUGUUGAGUCUGGGGAAGUGGUGCUUCAGUUGCGAUGGAUUGACAUUCCUGGUUCAAGGGGUGUCUAGUGUAACUCACACUCACAAGUAAAGAUGAGACUUGCAGCCCCUUAAACUAGAAGCACCUUAUGCUUUAUUUUCUUCAAUCCCUCAAUCUUUUUUCUUUCUCGCAUAACUUGAAUAAUAGAUUUGUUGAAAUGUAUAAGUUUUUGUUUAGGUUAUGUGUAUGCUUUAGAUAAAUACCAUUAAUACAAUACUCUAUUUAAUAUUUCUUUAA